CUUGUGCUUUCUCUGUUUAACAACAACGCAGCCACAAAACCGCCCGGUGUAAUGCUACCAAUACCGCUGUUUCCCGUGUUUUCUGCAACUGUAACGGAGUAUGGCAUGUACCCGGUUGUAGCACUAUGCUUUAAUCCAGCUUAUCUGCAAAGUCCUUCGUUCCCAUCUGACGCAAAACAGAGAGCCAUGACCAUCUUAGAAAACUGUUUAGGAGGUAGAACUGGUCCAUAUACUGAUUGUCCUGGAAUGCCGAUUGUUCGUCAACAAGUGGCUAAAUUCAUUCAAAACCGAGAUGGUGUACCAGCGUCGUUUGAAGACAUAAUUCUGUCUAAUGGAGCUACAGAUGCUUUAAGGGUCUGUCCAUUUUUUUCUCAAUACGGUGUGUGCGUAACCAUUGUUUUCUUCAUGAAGGAUAGUGGCACGUGA